AUGUUGGAAAUGUUAAGAAGAUUUGAACAAGAGGGUGACGAGAUGGCGAAGGAGGAAUUAUUAAGUGAUGACGAUGAUGAAGAGUCCACCGACGCCGAAACUAUCUGGAACAAAUUAACACCGUAUGAAAGGAAUGAAUUCAAAUCAAAAUUUAACAACAACCCUAAUGAUCUACUUUACCUCGUGAAAGACCUUCCGUUGUGGAAACCGUGGUGGGAAGACUUGACAACGAUAAAUAGACAGCAAAAAAUAAUGGAACUAGACGUCAAGGACAAAGAUGGUAGUACAAACAGACCUCCCAUAUUAAAGGACAUAAAGAGAUUAGAGAAUUUGACAAAGAAAUCACCGAAUUCCAACUUAGUUUUUAAUUUGGUAAAUGUUCUAUAUGCGUACGCGCGUACAUGUCGCAAUUUUAAUGGUGACAUCUUUGAAACUCCGGAAGAUUCUAUCCUUGCGAUAUGGGAACUAUCUCCAAUCCUGGGUACUAAUGAAAGUUUGGUGUAUGAAAAUGUCUCUGAGGCCAUCACUAUAGGCAAUAAUGUCACACUUCAGAACCCAAAUUAUAUUCAACCACCAGAAUUUUGGCACUUGAUCUUAAAUGACAUUAUCUGUCUACUUUCAUCUUCGGACAAUGUCCUUGCCGCGUUAUCUGAUAUUUAUAACCUCUUUCAUCAAGUUUCUACUAACAAAACUUUCGCCUCAAAAUCUUCCAACCCUAGGGUUGAUGAUCCCCGCAAAUUAUCCCCCCGUCUCUCGAAAGAAUCUUAUAAGCGUAAAAUAUUCCUGACCGAAAAGAAAAUUUAUUUUUAUCUUUCAUACACAAAUUCUCUAAGGCAAACUGAUAUCCCGGAAUUAGUUAUGAAAGAAGUGGAGCUUGAGAAAGAGAGAAAAAUCAAAGAGUUUGAGAAUUACAGGAAAGAUAAGGAAAGUAUCGAGGAAAUGAUGCGUGGUGGUAGGUUGGGAAAAGAUCAAAGUGAAUUGAAGACUGGUGGCGACGACAGUUUAAUCACCGAGAUUUAA